UUUUUUCUAUAGAACUACAGUUGCGCAAGUUGAAUUAUUUUUCCAUUUUGUCCAAUCCAGAAGUGGUUUUCUCUCCGCACCCACGGACACACAGAAUUAACGUUUGGGCUCCUAUCCGAGAAAUAACCCUUGGAUGGAAAAUGGUUUUAUCGAACUUUGAAUUUCGACUUUCUUGUUCAUCACAAAAAAAUAAUUAUUAUUCUCCACUUUCUUUAGCGGUUGUCAAAAUCACAAUAUAAAUAGUGCCUUCACAUUCUCACUUUCCCACAUCCAAAAACACAAGACUUUUGAUAGUAAAUUAACAGAUAAACAUCACAAAGUUCUGAUACAAUGUCUACAGCUGGUCAGGUUAUCAAGUGCAGAGCCGCGGUGGCAUGGGAAGCGGGGAAGCCACUAUCAAUUGAGGAAGUGGAGGUGGCACCACCACAGAAAGAAGAAGUCCGCUUGAAGAUCCUCUUCACCUCUCUUUGCCACACUGAUGUCUACUUCUGGGAAGCCAAAGGACAACACCCAUUGUUCCCUCGCAUUUACGGUCAUGAAGCUGGAGGAAUUGUGGAAAGCGUAGGUGAGGGUGUGACUGAUCUCCAACCAGGAGACCAUGUCCUUCCGGUGUUCACGGGGGAGUGCAAGGAGUGCAGGCACUGUAAGUCAGAGGAAAGCAACAUGUGUGAUCUCCUGAGGAUCAAUACUGACAGGGGUACUAUGCUCAGUGAUGGCAAGUCCAGGUUCUCCAAGGAUGGAAAGCCAAUAUAUCACUUUCUUGGUACCUCUACCUUCAGUGAAUACACUGUAUGUCAUGUUGGUUCCGUCGCCAAGAUCAACCCUGCAGCCCCUCUUGAAAAAGUUUGUGUUCUUAGCUGUGGAAUAUGCACAGGUUUUGGUGCCACCGUGAAUGUUGCAAAACCCAAAAAGGGCUCGUCUGUUGCCAUUUUUGGACUGGGUGCUGUUGGUCUUGCUGCUGCUGAAGGUGCAAGGGUUUCUGGGGCUGCAAGAAUCAUUGGAGUUGAUUUGAAUUCCAACCGAUUUGAGGAAGCCAAGAAGUUUGGCGUGAAUGAAUUCGUGAAUCCAAAAGAUCAUAACAAACCUGUGCAAGAGGUGAUUGCUGAAAUGACCGAUGGGGGAGUGGAUAGGAGUGUUGAAUGCACUGGAAGCGUCCAGGCGAUGAUUUCUGCAUUUGAAUGUGUUCAUGAUGGUUGGGGCGUUGCUGUACUCGUUGGUGUGCCUAGUAAAGAUGAUGCAUUCAAAACCCAUCCAGUGAAUUUCUUGAAUGAGAGGACUCUUAAGGGCACCUUCUAUGGUAACUACAAGCCACGAUCCGAUCUGCCCGGGGUUGUGGAGAUGUACAUGAAUAAGGAGCUGGAAGUGGAUAAAUUUAUCACUCACUCGGUCCCUUUCGCUGAGAUCAACAAAGCAUUUGAUUUGAUGCUUUCAGGACAGUCCAUCCGGUGCAUCAUUCGCAUGGAGGAUUAGAGCAACUAAGGACUUUUUAUGUGAUAAUGGAUAGAAUUUAUAUAUCUAUCUGAUGUCUUUAAGAAUAAUUGUGUUGGUCUGGAUUUUACAAAUUUUGAGAUGAUAAACUUAAGAUAGUAGGAGGUUUUGACUUUUGUCUUUGAUAUUAUGGUUUUUAUGAUAAUAAAAUUUUCUGCAUAUUUUCUUUA